CGAUGACAGCGCCAAAGAGGGAGAUACUUCAACUUUCAUAAAAGAAACAUUCCCUUCCUGGAAGUAAAAUAAUCAAUAAAAUUUACAGUAAUAACUUACAAGUUGGUCACAACACAAGUAGAAAUAAAAAUGAUUCUGUCAAGAACAAAACCAGUUUCGGCUGAUGGAGGAAAGAAAUCAGUUUCUAAGAGGGAUACUCCAAAAUUGGAAGAAUUCAUCAAGAAAAGAGAUUAUACAGGAGCAGUGACAUUCUUAGAAUUUAAUGAAUCAUCCUCGCCUAACAUAGAAAUUGAUCUGUGGAUUGCUUACUGUUAUUUUCAUCUAGGAGAUCACAGGAAAGCAGCAACAAUCUAUGAAGAUAUGCAAAAUAAAAAUCUACCCACGAAGCCUCUGGAAUUAUUGACUUACUUAGCUUGCUGCUAUUUCUUCUUAGGAAUGUAUUCAGAAGCUGAAAAAAUUCUUUCACGUGCACCAGAAAGUUCCUUAAAGACAAGAAUUUUAUUUCACUUGUGCCACAAAAUGAAUGAUGACGAGAAGUUAAAAGUGUAUCACACAAAAUUGGAAGAUGUCAUUGAAGAUCAAUUAAGUUUGGCAUCUAUUCAUUACUUAAGGGCACAUUAUCAGCAAGCGAUUGAUAUUUAUAAAAAGGUUCUUCUAAGUAACCGGGAUUAUUUUGCCCUUAAUGUUUAUGUGGCAUUGUGUUAUUACAAACUGGAUUACUAUGACGCUGCUCAGGAAGUUCUUCAAGUCUACUUGCAACGAUAUCCUGAUAGUGCAAUCGCAAUUAAUCUCAAAGCAUGCAAUCACUUUCGACUUUACAACGGAAAAGCUGCUCAGGCCGAAAUGAAAAAUCUAACUGAAAAACUUUCAGGAUCCUGCAAUUUUGGGAAUGAUUUAAUACAGCAUAAUAUGGUGGUAUUUCGAGCAGGUGAAGGAGCAUUACAAGUGCUUCCAAAUUUAGUUGACGUUAUACCAGAGGCUCGAUUGAAUUUAGUAAUAUAUUAUUUGCGACAUGAUGAAAUUCAAGAUGCUUAUGAACUUAUAAAAGAUCUUGAACCAACAGUGCCUCAAGAAUAUAUUUUAAAAGGAAUAGUAAAUGCAGUUAUUGGUCAAGAAACUGGAUCUCGAGAAAAUAUAAAAAUCGCUGAACAAUAUUUUCAUCUAGUGGGUUCAUCAACUUCAGAAUGUGAUACAAUUCCCGGUAGACAAUCAAUGUCUUCCUGCUUUUUUCUGUAUCGACAAUUUGAAGAAGUCUUGGUUUAUUUGAACUCUAUAAAAACUUAUUUUUCUAAUGAAGAUAACUUUAAUAUGAAUUACGCUCAAGCGCAAACUGCAGCAGGUUAUUACAAGGAAGCAGAAGAAGCUUUUCUUGCUGUUCGAAACGAAAAAUACAAAAACGAUUACACCUACAUCAGCCUUCUUUCUUAUUGUUAUAUAAUGAACAAAAAAAGUCAAUUUGCUUGGGAACUCUACAUGAGAAUGGACACUUCUUCGGAAUCAUUUAAUCUUCUUCAGUUAAUUGGAAACACUUGCUAUAAAGUUGGUGAUUUUUGGUAUGCAACUAAGGCUUUUGAUAUGCUCGAGAGAAUGGAUUCGACACCUGAAAAUUGGGAAGGAAAACGUGGUGCUGCUUGUGGAACAUUUCAAUAUAUUAUUGCAGAAAAGUUACCCAAGGAACUUUUACCAGAAAUUAUUCAACUACUUAGGAAUACGUCAAACUCACAGUCGGAACAAAUAAUUCGUGUCAUACGAAAAUGGGGAAAAGAUAACAAAAUAGCUUGUUAAUUUUUAUUUUCCGAUAAAUGAAAUGAAAGAAUGAAUGAAUGAAUAAAUUUUAUACACUAAAAUAAGUAUAGGUAUUUAUAUAAAUAAUUUUUU